UGCUGGUGCAACUUCCGAGUGCAGCGGAGGAGGAGUAGGUGUUUGGUGUUUGGCGUUGUGGUGUUUGACUCACUUGGUUUUCUACUUAAUACGAAAGUUUUUCUUUUCAACUUCAUACAAGCACGACGUCCGUGUGAAGGUACAAAGAUGGUAAAGUGUGAAGCCGGUCACAAAAAUGUGAAUGAUUACCUCGGACGACAGUAACCUAGAGCGAGAGAGAGCGAGAGAGUCUGGUUUUAUAUCGCCCUCGUGAUCUUUAAAGAUGUCAGGUGGGAAUCUCUUCAGCAAAGUGCGGUCAGCCUUCAAGAGGCAGCCGAGGGACUGGGACCUGAGCGACUCGGCACCUUUUGACUUUUCUGAAGAGCUGGUGGACGAUGAGACUCCCAAAUUCAACAAGCUGAAAGUGGUUGUGUCUGGAGAGAUGUCGGACUACCCUUCAGGGGCUGCAUCCAACGGAGUGAUGGUGAACACGCUGGUUGUGGCAGACGAUGAUGACGACUCCCUGCUUGACUCCUCUUCUAGCUCGGGCAGCCCGAGGACAAACAUGGACCCCUGUGACAGCUGCACUAAGAAGAGGGAGCUGAUCAAGCACAGGAAGGUGAUGAAGAGGCUUAUCAUUGCAGCUGUGCUGUAUUUCCUCUUCAUGACUGGUGAAAUUAUAGGUGGUUACGUGUCUAACAGCCUAGCCAUUAUGACUGAUGCCGUCCACAUGCUAGCAGAUGUGAUUGGCAUUUUGUUUUCGUUGAUGGCCCUGUGGCUCUCCACCAAGCCCCCCACCAAGAGAUUCACCUUCGGACUGCAUCGCCUCGAGGUGGUAUCUGCAGUCCUCAGUGUGGUGCUCAUUUACAUUCUGACGGCCAUACUUCUCUAUGAGGCAGUUCAGAGGACUGUAACCCAGGACUUCGACAUAGAUGGAGAUGUCAUGCUCAUCACUGCAGCUGUUGGUGUGGCUGUCAACCUGAUAAUGGGAUUCUUAUUAAACCAAGGUGGUCACAUGCACUCUCACGGCCAUGGUCACUCUCACGGCCAUGGUCACUCUCACGGACCGGCAGCCACCCCAGGGUCACAGUCGAGUCAGCAGCAGGGCAGCUUAGCAGUCAGAGCGGCGUUCAUACAUGCUCUGGGAGACCUUGUCCAGAGUGUCGGUGUGCUCAUAGCUGCCUACAUCGUCCGCUUCAAGCCGGAGUUAAAGUUGGCAGAUCCCAUCUGCACCUAUAUCUUUUCCGUUCUGGUCAUCGUCACCACAUUCCGCAUCAUGCGAGACACAGUCGUCAUCGUGCUGGAGGGUGUUCCCAGGCACCUGGACUCUCAGCGAAUCAAAGAGGACCUUCUGAAGCUGGACGACGUCCACUCCGUCGAUGAGCUGAAUGUCUGGGCGCUGACCACUGACAAGACUGCAGCAAUGGUGCACAUCCAGCUCAUGCCCUCUUGUGCCGACAGCUGGGAGGACGUGCAGGCGAAGGCUCGUCACCUGCUGCUUCACACCUACGGUCUCAGCAGGUGCACGGUGCAGGUGCAGACACACAGGCAGAGGCUGGUGCACACAUGUGCACACUGCCAACAGUCCAGUAGUUAAAGAAAAAGACUCGUGAAAUUCACACGUGGACUUCCAAAGUGCAUUUGUCAAGACUCGCGCUGCUCCACAGCUGAGAAUACAGUAAACACAGAACUUGAGUGGACGUUGCUGCCGUCUGUCGCAAGUCAGUGCCACAGCAGCAGUCGCACAGUAUUGUAGUGGAAAAAAAACAAAAAACGAGUGCCAAACAACAGAUGCACGUUUCUAAUUAAAGGAUAACAAGAGAGUCUCCGGGGACCGUUUGCAACGGUGCCUGUAAGCCUGCUGGGUGAAGGUUAAAUGCUUCAUCUGAGAAGAAUGUAUAUACAGUAUAUGAAAAAGAAAAAAAACCUUGCUCUUAAUUCACCAUUUAUGCCUCUUCCAUAACUGGUGUUUUGUCAUCAGAUUCAAAUUAAAGUAUCUUUUAAUAGACUGUUUACUAAGAUUUCUUUUUUUUUUUAAACUAAAGGUGUCGACAAACGUAAAGGUACCUCGAGUCAUUUGAUAAACUGUUAUAUGCAAGCUGUAUACCUCACUGCUGGCAUAAGUGAGGGGGGAGGGAGUGUGUUAUUGUGUUUCUGCUGUGUCAUCUAAUGCAUCUAAUCAAUUAUGCUCCUCAACCAAAAAUCUGUGGCGGGGGGGGUUUUAAAUGUGAACCAUCGUAGACAUUUCUUAACAUAGUCUCUCCCUAUUGGCUGUACUGACAACGCACAAUAUGUGCACAAUAAUUUAGAGAUUUUUGUGUUUUAUCCCUAUUUUUUUGCACAUCUUUUUAAUUCACCGUGCUGACAAGGCAACUGACAAUCAGUGUGACUGACCAUGAACAGUGUUCCAUGCUGUGGAUUCAGCCUUAUGCUCACAUACAGUAUAUACUCGGCUUUUACUCAUUAUCUUUGACGAAUGCAGGUGGGUUUUGGGGAAAUUGGCAGUAUUUCACAGUUGCAGUGUUUGUGCAGGUAAAAAAAAAAGGUGUUAAUCGAGUUUGUCAAUAACUUUGUUUAAUUGUGUGUGUUUGGGGGGCAGGGCGGGUUUUUGUUUUUUGUUAUGUUGAUGCUUGAAAAGUUGCGUCUCCCCAUUUCUCUAUGAUUGUGAAGUGGAUCAAUGUUUUUAUUUGUAAUAAAGUAUUUAAUCUGCUGGCA